AUGAAAAAACAGGGACGCCUGAGACGUGAAUUGAGUUCUCCUCCACAUUUGACAGCACGUCCCUAUGCAAAUGAUUAUCAGUCAAGCCUGGAGAACACGGACGAAAUGAAGUUAUCUGCGAGGGAUCGUAGUAGUAACUCGAUAGACAAAGGGUCGAAAAAAGGCCCGUUUGAGCUGGCGCUAGCUAAUGGUGAUGUCCGACUGGCACAUAUGGUGGCGUAUUCCAGUGGCGACAAUAGCACCGAUGGAAGUGGACUUCAGUGCCUGCAGUGUAGCGAUCUUCAACAACAGCUGUGCGAUUUGUCGAGAAGUAUCGGAGUCUCAUGUCCGAGUGUGAGUAAUGUUGCUGCUGAAACGAUAAGAGUGGAAACUAAGGAUUCAGCCAGCGAUGCGUUACAUGUUGAGACCAAUGAUAAGAGGACCAGUGUAUCAUUGUUGGACAGAACGGAAAUGCGGUGGCACGAGGAUAUCGGUAGUUCGCCCAUUCCACAACCUCGAUCUUAUUCGAUCGGGAUUGGAACCGAUCGCGAAAUACCGCUUAAAUCUCGAUGUUGCGAUGCAUCCACUGACAGUCCAGUUCGUGAGCUUAAGUUUCUGAUGAAAGAAGUGACAAUCAAAAUUCUAGAAUGUGGUUGUGGCUUGGAUCAACCAGUGGUGCUUUGUGAUUUUUCAUGUGGAACAGAGCGCACAGUGCUUGUUGAAACAGGUACUGGAAGCAAACAAACACCAGCAUUCAAGGACUCAUCAUCAAUGACUUCUUCAGUAACAUCGCAUUCACGGCCUAUACAAACUGAACAUGUCAAUUGCAGCACAAUAUGCGUAUGCACUUCACCAAUACAAAUGGUAAAUCGAGGCGUUGAGGCAAUGCGGGUAUUUAUGAGAGAUUCGUGUACAGUGUGUGAUGAGGAUCUCUCUUCAUGUUCCGUUCUGGAUGCUGCUACAGCAACGGAUCACGAUUUAAACGCUGCGGAAACAAAACAGCAAUACUUUCAUCAGGAUUAUUAUCAUUAUCAUCAACAACAGCAUCAUCAGCAACAACAAAAAACCUGUAAUACCGUUGCUGUACAAACAGAAUUCGGCAUGUUUUGCUCAUUUUCUGUCCAAUUUUUUAGAAAUUGUUGUACUUCCGUUAUAAUUUUGAUCAGAGCUCAUUGCGCGAUAUUCUGCUGUAAAAGGAACUCAUUUGUUAGCCUUCCUCAUCAAUGUUUUUGUUAG